ACAGCAACACGGAAGGAAUUUAAGGUCGCACAACAUUGCGUUAUAUGACCUAACCAAGGUGCGUUUAGUAAGAAUACGUUUAGUUUGUUUGACCUCACACAGUAAAUCCUAAGAUGACCAUUUGUUCAAGAUGUCUACAACAGCAGGUCGAGUUUUGUCAGGUCUGAGACGAGCUGCUUGUAGUCGGAGGAUCUUUACAUCAGAAAGCCGACUGAACAGUGUGAGGUCUCUCACUCUGAGCUCUCAGAGGGCAGCCGGACCCAUAAAUGAUGAAAAAGAGGUGAAAGAUGAGCCCAUCAAGUUCUCCACCAGUAAGGCCAGUCACAGAACCUGGAAAGUGGACCAGUCCAUGGGGAGUAAGUUUCAGCGUCCCUGGUGGAAGGUGUUGCCCAUCAGCCUGUGUGCCAGCGCCUUCCUGCUCUGGUGUGCACUACGAGAAGAAACUGACAUAGACGAGAAGCUGGAGAGGAAGCUCUAUGAGCAGCUACCAGGCUUGUUGUCAGACAAAGAAGAGGAGGAAAAUAAUUGAGGUUGACAAAUCUGGGACUUAUUGUAUAUAUUUCAGCCUAUAUUUAUUGUGAAUGUCUUUGUAGAAUUAUUGCUGUAGCGCCAGCUCAUUCAUCUGAAGCCGUCCUGUGCUACAGGAUUUCUUUCUCAGCAAGAAAUGAAUUGUCCCAGACAAUACAACGCCUUGUCAAGUUUCAGCUGACUGAUGAGAACAUGUGGAUUAAAAUGCCUUGAUUUGA